AUGACAAAAAUAUUCGGAAAAGUUGUCAGUCUGGAUUUAUACGAUGCCCCAGAAAAUAGUGGGUGUUUGACUACUUGUUAUGAAAGUGAGGAUUGUAUUCUGGCAUAUUUCGAUACAACUGAUCGAUGUCUUCUUUUUAAUUUUAAUGAAACACAGAAAUUGGAAGUGGAGGAGACCACGAAAGCAGAUGGGUUCUUUGUGGCGUUCAAGACCACUUACCAAAACGAUACCUGCCCUCCCUAUGACUUAUUAUCCCUGGAAGUCAAUAUCGGUGAGGAUCCCAUCACUUGGAAAAAGUUGGGGAACACGUACUCAUUCCAAAAAUGCGUUGGCGACUGGAAAAUGUUUCAUCGAACCGGUCCCGAGGUUACUGUAUGCAUGCAACCGAUGCUCCCACCAGCUCUGUUGAAUAUAACACAGUCGAAGGAGUAUUGUGAGAAUAUGGGAUACAAGUUGACCGGUGUGGCUACUGUAGAAGAGUCCAAGUGGAUUUUGGACAAAAUGAAGGUGGUAAAACCAAACUGGAACUACUGGCAAGCAUUUUAUAUCGAUGGAGUCCGGACUCAGAACUGUUCUGACAGUAAUCCACAGUGUAACGAUUUCGAUUGGUCCGAUGGGUACACAGUUAUCGAUGACGCUGUAUUGAAUUCUACCAAUGCAAUGCUAACAUUCCAUGAUGAUAAUUACAUUCCGGAAAACUGUCUGGGAGUGGUUGAUAUGGGGACCAGCUUGACAAUCAACGAUAUAAAUUGUGAGACGUUCGCAUUGAAUGUUGGACUGGUUUGUGGUUAUAAGCUUUAUUGA